UUUCUGUGUCUAAUCUGCUUUGCCUGGGGGACCAGAUCAAACCUACUAGAAUUGGAUGAAAUUAUACGGAUAUUUUAGUAGCCAGGUCUCCAGGUAGGGGAAAUGUUGGUAUGUUUGGCGGUUGAGUGGCAAUGCUUGACGUGACCACCUAUCAGAUGCUGCUGUUAGGAAUGAUUAGAUGGUAUGUAAUAGAGCUUUGUUGUUUCCUUUAAACUUUAUAAGUCCUGUGUAAAUAAGUGGUAGGUUUGGUUCUUUGUCUUGUUUGGCUCAGCUACGUGUGACCAGCGAUCUCCUAGCGGCAGAGAUGUCCAUGGGAUCAGGCUGUCCGAGGCCAAGUCCCGUGGAUGCUUGUUAGAGCGGUGGCACUCCUGCCUGUCUUGUUCAUCACUUCUUCCUCCCUCCGUCUGUUUUCCAGCCUCUGCGUUGUUCUUUCUCCGUGACCUUUGCUGUUGGCAACCAGUAGCUUCCACUUGCUCCUCCAAGAACACUCCUUCCUGUUGGGGUCCAGCCCUGCCCUCUGCCCGUCGCCAGCUGAGGCCCGCGGCCACAGGGGCACUGACACCUCUCUCAUUCGUCUGAAAGUAAUUUUCAGAAAGCAGGACUCUUGUCUAUGUUACAUCUGCGAGGAUAAAUUAAUGUGUAUUACUUUAGUUCUUCCUGAAGAAAGGAAGAGGAGGAGAAUGGAUUUGGAUGAUAGAAAAUGUUUGAACAUUUCGUAAAGCCCUAGAGAUCCAGCUGAACAUGUGCAUCUAAAAUGCAAGGCCGACACAGCAGGGGUCUGUGGAUUGCCUCGCCCUGCGCUCUGCCCCCAGAUCAUGAAGACUCCAGGACAACGUCUCUUCUGGGCGCUGCUCCCCCUGCUCGCGCUGGCGGCGCAGGCGGCAGACCACGCGGAGGUGGCGAGGCACGCGAUCAAGCUGCACCGGGGCAGAGGCGCGGCCCUCACUCCCAGGAAGCAGUGGGUGCUGGACAGCUGCAGGAAGCUCUCGGGGCUGCUCCGCCAGAAGAACGUGGUUCUGAACAAACUGAAAAGUGCCAUCAGGGUGGUGGAGAAAGAUGCCGGCCUGUCCAGCGAGGAGAAACUGUUCCAGGUGCACACGUUCGAAAUCUUCCAGAAGGAGCUGAAUGAGAGUGAGAAUUCCGUCUUCCAGGCCAUCUACGGACUGCAGAGGGCCCUGCAGGGAGAUUACAAAGACGUGGUGAACAUGAAGGAGAGCAGCCGGCAGCGUCUGGAGGCCCUGAGGGAGGCAGCCAUCAAGGAAGAAACAGAAUACGUGGAACUUCUGGCAGCAGAAAAACAUCAAGUUGAAGCCCUUAAAAAUAUGCAACAUCAAAACAAAAGUUUAUCCAUGCUCGAUGAGAUUCUUGAAGACGUACGAAAGGCAGCAGACCGCUUGGAGGAGGAGAUAGAAGAACACGCCUUUGACGACAAUAAAUCGGUGAAAGGGGUCAACGUGGAGGCCGUGCUGCGGGUGGAGGAGGAAGAGGCGGGCGCCAAGCACAACGCCACGAGGGGCGAGGGCGAGGGUGGCCUGGGGCUCAGCAUGCUGAUCGACUCCCAGAACAACCAGUACAUCCUGACCAAGCCCCGGGAUGCCACCAUCCCGCGCGCCGAUCCCCACUUCAUCAAGGACAUCGUGACCAUAGGAAUGCUGUCUCUGCCUUGCGGCUGGCUGUGCACGGCCAUCGGACUGCCCACGAUGUUUGGCUACAUCAUGUGCGGCGUGCUUCUGGGACCCUCAGGGCUGAACAGUAUCAAGUCUAUUGUACAAGUGGAGACAUUGGGAGAAUUUGGGGUGUUUUUUACUCUUUUUCUUGUUGGCUUAGAAUUUUCUCCAGAAAAGCUGAGAAAGGUGUGGAAGGUCUCCUUGCAGGGGCCGUGCUGCAUGACCCUGCUGAUGGUGGCCGUCGGCCUGCUGUGGGGGCACCUGCUGAGGAUCAGACCCACGCAGAGCGUGUUCAUCUCCACCUGCCUGUCCCUGUCCAGCACGCCCCUGGUGUCCCGCUUCCUCGCGGGCAGCGCGAGGGGAGACAAAGAAGGCGACCUGGACUACAGCGCCGUGCUGCUGGGGGUGCUGGUGACCCAGGACGUGCAGCUGGGGCUGUUCAUGGCCGUCCUGCCCACGCUCAUCCAGGCCGGGGCCGGCGCCUCCGCCAGCGUGGCGGUGGCGGUGCUGCGGGUGCUGGUCUUGACCGGCCGGAUCCUGUUCUCGCUGGCCGCCGUCCUGCUCGUGUGUCUCGUCAUGAAGACGUACCUCGUGGGACCGUACUACCGGCGGCUGCACGCGGAGAGCAAAGGGAACAAGGAAAUCCUUAUCCUGGGAAUAUCCGCCCUCAUCUUCUUCAUGUUGACGGUCACGGAGCUGCUGGAUGUGUCCAUGGAGCUGGGCUGCUUCCUGGCCGGAGCGCUCAUCUCGUCCCAGGGCCACAUGGCCACCGAGGAGAUCUCGUCCUACGUUGAGCCCAUCCGGGACUUCCUGGCCAUCGUCUUCUUCGCAUCGAUAGGGCUCCACGUCUUCCCCACGUUUGUGGUGUACGAGCUGACGGUGUUGGUGUUCCUCACCCUGUCGGUGGUGCUCAUGAAGUUUGUUCUGGCAGCGCUGGUCCUGUCGCUCGUCCUGCCGCAGAGCAGCCGGCACAUCAGGUGGAUCGUGUCCGCAGGCCUCGCCCAGGUCAGCGAGUUCUCCUUCGUGCUGGGGAGCCGUGCGCGGAGGGCCGGCAUCAUCUCCCGGGAGGUGUACCUCCUGAUACUGAGUGUGACCACGCUCAGCCUCUUGCUGGCCCCUGUGCUGUGGAGAGCUGCGAUUAUGAGGUGUGUGCCACGGCCCGAGAGACGGUCGAGUCUCUGACCGCGCGGAGCUGGCGGUGGACCCUGGGCCGGGACCUCGGCGGGCCGGGAGCACUGGCUGUCACACUCCCUUGGGCCUUCUUCCUUGGAACACAGGAACACCCAGCAAAGACACGGUUUCUCCUGGCUUUUGGGGAUAUUCCUGUCGAAUCGUAGAAUUUUCAGAGUAAUUUAUUCGUAGUUAGUUCAUUAUUCGCAGUAGAAUUACAACACUGUAUUUUACAAAUCGCCUUGAAUAUUUUGCCUGGACGUGCCUUUUUUCUGAAAUUAUUAUUAACUUUCUAUUGUUAAUUCAUCAGUUCAUGAUUCUUUUGGUAAAGAAGAAAAAUUAGCUUUUUUAAUUUAUUGUGCAGCUUUAGUAUUUUAAUCUGUUCAUCAAAUAUUUGUUAUUAAACAUUCCUGUAAAAUGAAAUUUUAAUUCUGGCAUUGAGUUUGGAAACUUACUUUGAUCCUUAGAGCUGUGUUUUCUAAAAUGAGACAAAUAUAGAUGCUUAUUUGCCUUUUAUUUUGACUAUUUUAAAUAAAAUACUUUCCUGUCAAUUUC